UUUGGGUGUAAAAAUUGUUUUGUUUGGUUGGUUUCACUUUCAUGUGACGUCUUUGAUCUCUCUACUGCCGACGACACAAGAACGCCGUUCAUUUACCGUGCUUGUGUAGUGUCUCACUGUGUGGAUCGAUUGUGAAAUCAUUUCUCUUCGGCCAUGUCGUGGUCGAAGGCAUGUAAAGGGACUCUAAUUUCUUCAUACUUAGAGAAGCUUCAUCGAACAUCGCAAUCUACAAGGACUGUGCCUAGUGUUCUGUGCUCUCGUUAUCACACUCAUGGAGCAUGUAAAGGCAACGGGCAUAAUCUUCCAAGCAAGAGAGGGCUUUGGGGAAGCUCAUCUUCGUUUUUACCUUUGAGUUCUCACUCUGCUAUUUCUAAAUCGAUGCUGCUUGGUGCUCAUCGCCAGUACUCUACUCACUCUCCGACAGAAACCAAAUCACAGAAGAUGCUCUAUUACCUCACCGCUGUUGUCUUUGGCAUGGUGGGGCUAACUUACGCAGCUGUCCCAUUGUAUAGAACAUUCUGCCAAGCUACUGGAUAUGGAGGUACUGUUCAACGCAAAGAGACUGUCGAGGAGAAGAUUGCUAGACAUUCAGAAUCUGGUACCGUCACUGAAAGGGAGAUUGUCGUGCAGUUCAAUGCUGAUGUUGCAGAUGGGAUGCAGUGGAAGUUCACUCCAACUCAAAGAGAGGUGAGAGUAAAGCCAGGAGAAAGCGCGCUGGCCUUUUACACUGCUGAAAACAAAAGUUCAGCUCCAAUAACUGGAGUAUCCACGUACAAUGUCACUCCCAUGAAGGCAGGAGUUUAUUUCAACAAGAUACAGUGCUUUUGCUUUGAGGAACAGCGACUUCUUCCGGGAGAACAGAUCGACAUGCCGGUCUUCUUCUACAUUGAUCCUGAGUUUGAGACUGAUCCAAGAAUGGACGGAAUCAACAACUUGAUAUUGUCUUACACUUUCUUCAAAGUGUCCGAGGAAAAUACUACAGAUACAGUCAGUGAUAUCACCUCUGUUCCGGUUCAAGAAACCAAUUAAAAACUAUCCAAUUUUUUGUUUUUGUUGACGAAGAAACUGCCAUUAGUUUUAAUAAUUGAUUUCUAUAUUUGGGAAAACUGUUUGUUAUUAUUUGUUCAGAACCCAUGGAAACAAAAAAAAUGGAAUGUUUAAAUU